AUGCCAUCAGACUUGCGUGAUCAUCUAGAACGAGACGGCUUCGUCAGGAUCCCGUCGGCCCUCUCGCAAGAUGAGAUUGAUGCCUUGAGGACUGCUUGUCAAGAUGUCGCUCACUUGGGACGUGCAGGCAAGUGGCCUUUUGUCAGGACUCUUCCAAAGCAGUUUCCACCUUGGAACUCGGACGUCUCGAACGGCAUAUGGGGCGUGCAACAUCUCAUGCAUCCAGACCUCCCUCAUCACGAUACAUUUGCCGCCUCGUACUUCGCGCCCUACAUCAUUGCGGCUGUGACAGAUCUCCUCCAAUGCUGUGCUAACGAUCUGGUGCUUGAGUUAUACAAUCUUUUGGUUCGACCUGAUGUAGACUUCGCUCUUCGAUGGCAUCGAGACGAUAUAGGCCCGGAAGUGUCGGCUCAAGAAGAGCUGGACCGCCUGCGAGAGCCUAUGCUUCACGCUCAAUGGAACUUGGCUCUAUAUCCUGAUGAAUCUUUGAUUGUGGUUCCGGGCUCACAUCUGCGUGCAAGGACAGAAGAAGAACGGUGUGCGGACCCCUUCGAAGACGAAAUGCCAGGGCAAAAGGCUGUGAAGAUGAACCCUGGAGAUAUCAUAUUCUACAACAACAACAUCCUGCACCGCGGCGUGUAUCGUAGCUCAGCAGAACGAAUGACUCUUCAUGGAUCCAUGGGUAUCGCAGGGGCCGAUCCUGCUAGAGCGCGUAACGUCUUACAACAUGGCGUGGGGACUUGGGUCGGACGCUGUGACUUCAGCGGUAUACAAGGUGAAGCGGACGGUCAACAAGCCUCUGCUUUGGCGGACGACAUGAGGAACAGGCUGGUUGUGAUGGGCUCAGACCAGGUUCUAAGCUUCUCCCAGCCGUUCGACGAGUGA